ACAAAUAAGUGGACAAGUAAACAGUGAGCAAAUUGUUUCCAAUUUAGUUGAUUACGAAUACUAGUAGUGACAAGAUGUUUAGAACUACACUACUUAUUUGCUUUUGUUUUUUAAACUUAGCACAAGCUGCUGUUUAUAUGGAACGAUAUUUUAAGGACCCAUCACAUCCCGGCAAAUGCGUUAUACAGAAUAAGGUGCUAUCGCCUGGUCAAAGUAUUAAGCAUCCCGUUAUGGCGUGUGCACAAUUCACCUGUGAUAACACACAAGGCAUGGCCACAAUCGAAACCUGUGAUCCCAUUAGCGCUUUACCUUCGCCGCUCUCAAUGAUUAAAUACGAUCCUCGGGAUAAGCCCACAUGCUCUUGGGGUGAUUUCAUCGAUACGACUACACCGUAUCCGGAAUGUUGCAAACGGCAUUUCUCUUGUGUGCUUUAAACUUUUAGAAAUUAAAUUAAAUGAAUUUAAAUUGAAUUAAAGAAAAUUUACUGAAAUUA